AUGAACCGGUCACCCUCGUCUUCAGGCCUCCUCCCGCUUCCCGGCGCGCCCUCCUCCUCCUGGGCCCUCUACCGCGCCCGCCUUUCGACCCUCUUCCACAGCGCUGACACGUCAGUGCUGAUUGCCUUUUGGCUGUUUGGCCUGAUCAACAACGUACUCUACGUCCUAAUCCUCUCCGCGGCACAAGACCUCGUCGGGUCCUCCAUCCCCAAAGGCGUCGUCCUGCUCGCCGACGUGGCGCCGUCCUUCGCCACAAAACUCGUCGCGCCCUACUUCAUCCACCGCGUGCCCUAUGCCGUGCGCAUCCCCGUCUUUGCCGCGCUGUCCUCGGCCGGCAUGCUCCUUGUCGCGCUGUCUCCCUCCUCGUCCAUUGGUGUCAAGAUGCUUGGGGUUGUGCUGGCCAGUCUGAGCAGCGGUGGUGGAGAGCUCAGCUUUUUGGGCCUGACGCAUUACUACGGGCAUAUGAGUCUUGCUGCGUGGGGGAGUGGGACGGGGGGUGCGGGACUGGCUGGGGCGGGGUUGUAUGUGGUCCUGACGAGUUGGUUGGGGUUGGGGGUUAGGGGGAGUUUGUUGGCGGCGGCGGUGUUGCCGGGGGUGAUGCUGGCUGCGUUUUUUGGGGUGCUGCCGAAGGCUGGGUUGGAGAGUAAAAGGGGGAAGGGCGGGUAUGAGCGGGUGGGUGGUGCAGAAGGGGAGGAUGGCGGCGACGAGGAGGACUUUGAGGACGUGCCGAGGAGCAUGGCGUCGAGUAGUCUGCUCGCGCCUGGCCCGUCGGUCGCGGCUACGGCUUAUCGCUCGGCGCCUCAUCAACAUCAUACAAAGGAGUCGUCGUCGCUUUGGGCGAACCUCCGCCGCGCGAGAGCGCUGUUCCUGCCGUACAUGCUCCCACUGCUGUUGGUUUACGUCGCCGAGUACACCAUCAACCAGGGCGUCUCGCCGACGUUGCUGUUUCCGCUCCAGCACUCGCCCUUCUCCGAGUUCCGCGCCUUCUACCCCUUUUACGGCUUCCUGUACCAGCUUGGCGUCUUCAUCUCGCGGUCUUCGACACCGUUCGUCCGUAUUCACCAUUUGUAUCUGCCCUCGUUGCUGCAGGUUGCCAACCUGGUCCUCCUGACGCUCCACGCGCUGUUCAACUUUCUACCCUCCGUCUAUCUUGUGUUCAUUGUCAUAUUCUGGGAGGGCUUGCUUGGCGGGGCCGUCUAUGUCAACACGUUUGCCGAGAUCAUGGAGAACGUGCCCGUCGAUGAGCGCGAGUUUAGCCUGGGCGCCACGUCAGUCAGUGAUAGCGGAGGCAUCUGUAUUGCCAGUUUUUUGGGCAUGGCCAUGGAGGUGUGGCUAUGCCGAUGGCAGGUCGAACAUGGGAGAGACUAUUGCCGUCGUAUCGAAGCGAGCUGA